GUCGCCUUGAGGCAACAGGAGGAAACCGCUAACUCUUCCAAAAGCAACCAUUGACUUAACAGUUUUGAUGGAGACGAACACCAACGUCAGGCAGUGACAAGAUAUCAGCCCCAUUCCGAAGUGCACAAUGCAGAUGAAGACAAUUCUUUGAUGAGCACUUUUGGCAUCGCCAUCCGAGGCCUCCCCUCGGCCCUGUCAUCCAUGACGCAAGCGGUUACCUCGGACUCCCGCUUCAAGCCCAAAUGGCGGGCAAUCGCUGUGGCCACCCUGCUGGCUUUAGUGCUCAUGUCGUACAUGCACCGCACGGGACGGGACGUAGACGCUCCAGUCAGCCAUUCCUACCGCAACAGUUUGCAAAUGUACCAUCAGGCUGAAGGCAACAUGUUCCGGGACAUUCAUAGACAAACUAUGCCGAGACUGGAAAAACCUUACAAUGAUACCUACCCUCUAAGUCUGCCUGUGAAGACCAACAAUGGCAUCAGGUACCGCAUAGGAGUCAUUGCAGACCUGGACACAGCAUCACGUAGCCCGAAGGACCAGAUGUGGUUCAGCUACAUGAAAAAGGGUCACUUGACUGUUUCAGAAAGUGCCGACAGACUGGAUGUGGAAUGGGAUGAGGAGAUGAUCACACUCGAGAGUCAUCUCGCAGAGAAAGGACGAGGUAUGGAGCUGUCUGAGCUGGUGGCGUUUAAUGGGCAUCUGUACAGUGUGGAUGACCGCACGGGCGUGGUGUACAGGAUUGAGGGCAGGCAGGCGGUCCCCUGGGUCAUACUGCCUGAUGGCGAUGGAUCUGUUUCCAAAGGCUUCAAAGCGGAGUGGCUUGCAGUGAAAGACGACCGCCUAUAUGUUGGCGGUCUUGGCAAAGAGUGGACCACCACCACUGGGGAGGUUGUUAACCACCACCCAGAGUGGGUGAAAGUCGUUGGUUACCAUGGUGAUGUCGAGCAUAAGAACUGGGUGCCAUAUUACAACGCCCUGCGGAGCGCCGCCGGGAUUAAACCACCAGGCUACCUUAUCCAUGAAUCUGCAGCAUGGAGUGAGCGGCUUCAACGUUGGUUCUUCCUGCCUCGGCGCGCCAGUCACGAGCGCUACGAAGAGACCGCGGAUGAGCGCCGUGCUAGCAAUCUACUGCUGUCCUGCCAGGCGGAUUUUAGAAACAUAGCGACGCGGUACAUUGGGCCUCUGAACCCCACCCACGGCUUUUCCUCAUUUAAAUUUGUUCCCGACACAGAUGAUCAGAUUGUUCUGGGUCUGAAAUCCAAGGAGGUUGCGGGACAGAUUGCCUCCUACAUAAUUGCGUUUACGCUCGACGGCCGGGUGCUGAUGCCCGAGACCAAGAUCGGAGAUGUGAAGUACGAAGGCCUAGAGUUUAUUUAAAAAUGACAAGGCUGCUAUUUAAAUUUUUAAACAUAACCCCUGAUUGACUGUAAUAAUGAAGAAUGAAAAGCCUAACUUGUCUAAUUAAGGCACACUGGUACACUUAUCAUACAUUAACACACAGAAAUUAUGCAGCUUGUCUCCUGCAGGUAAACUUUGCUGGUCAGAGGCUCAGGGGACAGUCAAAACCUGUAUGACGUAAUGCACACAAUAUUGAAUGUUCAUGAACUACUUGAAAUUAAUGGUCUUACUUAUAGCUUUGUCUUUAGAGGCCAUUUUCAUAUUUAUACUGGCCAGAUUUUAGAUUUUAUUUAAGAAAGUCGUAAUGAAUCAAUAAAGCAAAUAAGCGGAAGAACUAUUUUAUUUAAAGAUAAACCAUUAAUAUAUUUCUUUUGUAUCCAAGCCACAAAACUGAAUAAAUGUAUCCCUUAUGUUCGA